CGUCAUUACGGUACCCGGAAGUGCUUUUGAAUGAAAGCGGUCCUUGUUUCUUUGAAGGAAUAAAGAGAACAAACAAACAAACAAACAAAUAAACAAACAAACGGACAGAUAGGCGACCAGUCGCGCGCAGCGGGGUGUCCUCCUGCGCGCGCAGUGAACGGGAGAAUCAGCGGCGCGUGAGCGCGCGAGAGAGCGUGACAGUGAGGGAGAGCGUGUGGUGUAGUGUGCGUGUGCGCGCGCUGCGGCGGAGCGACAUGAACAGCAUGAGCGCGAGCGGCUCCUCCGGCACGUUCAGCCUGCAGGACUGCGAUGUGAUCGGCUUCGAUCUGGACCACACGCUCUGCAGAUACGACCUGAAGGAGACCAGCAGGCUCAUAUAUGAGAGUUUUGCCCAAUAUCUGGUGGAACAUAAAGGCUACGAUAAAGACCUGCUGAAUCUGACUCCAACCGCCUGGGACUUCUGUUUUAAGGGCCUGGUGGUGGACUUGGAGGAGGGGUACCUGGUCAAACUGGCUGAGGACGGAACCGUUCUACGCGCAACUCACGGCACUCGGGAUCUGAGCCAAGAGGAGAUAAUAAAGCACUACGGUCCAAAACGAGAGUGGAAGCAUUUCAACAGCCUCAACAGCACCUUUACACGCUCAGCUAAAUAUUAUUUCUAUGACAACUACUUUGACCUUCCUGGAGCUCUGCUCUGCGCUCGGGUGGUGGACGUGCUGAACAAGCGAGGCUGUGAAGUUACGCCUGACUUUUGGAAGGACAUGGUCGCUGCCAUUGAUCACAAUUACAACACGUCUGCAUUCCGAGAGGAUUCCGGCUGGUAUUUCCCGCGAGUGAAGCGCGAUCCAGGCCGCUUCCUGCAGCCGUGUUCAGCCUCGGUGCGCCGCUGGCUCCGUGGCCUGAAGGAAAACGGAAAAAUCCUCCUCCUCAUCACCAGCUCCCACUCAGACUACUGCAGACUGGUCUGUGAUCACAUUCUCGGGAAGGACUUUGAGGAUGUUUUUGACGUCAUCAUCACGAAUGCUCUGAAACCGGGUUUCUUCUCCCUCAUUCCUCAGCAGAGACCCUUCAGAACACUGGUGAACGACGUGGAGGAUUCUGAGGGUCUUCCUGGUCUGGAGAAGCCCGGCUGGUACUCUCAGGGAAACUGGCCCCACCUGCACGACCUGCUGAAGAAGAUGACAGGCAGAGUUGAGCCUCGGGUGGUGUAUUUCGGGGACAGUAUGCGGUCUGACAUGUUUCCGGCGUUCAGUUUUGGGAAGUGGGAGACGGUGAUGAUUGUAGAGGAAAUGGAGGGAGAGGGUGUGGCCAGAGCAAACCCCGCCCCCAGCCAGCCAGCUGAGAAGAAGAGCAAAUUUGAGGACCAGGCUAUGAAGACCCCCUCCGCGGCCUCGCAGCAGUGGGGUUCGUAUUUUGUGGACGUUCAGAGGGACGAAGGUGGAGAGGAGCGGCUCAGACUGACCUGGUGCUCCCACUGCAUUCACACGUACAGCACUAUGGCCAUACCCAGCAUAGAGGCUAUUGCAGAUUUGCCUCUGGAUUAUAAAUUCCCACGGUUUUCCCCGGAUAAACCCAGCACUACAGGCUAUUACCCCCGACCACCGGACACGCUUCUGAAGAGAGAGGAGAACCAAUCUUGAACCCACACACACUGGAACGGCACUGAGAGUGUGUGUGUUACGGAAUGUGAAAGAAUGUGUGUGUUAUGGAAGAUAACAGGACUGAUUGUUUUCACAUGAUUGAAGUUCAUACUACACAUACCUAAAUGGCCUCAUCACUAUAGAGCACAACACCACCUGACACUAUAGAACUCCACUGUCAUUACUAACCCCCACAGCACCAUAGAACUCAAUCCCACCUCAUUACUUCAGAACCUAACCCACCCCAUCAUCAUAGAACCCAAAACCACCCCAGCAAUACAGAAAUCCAAUCCUACCCCAACACCUCAGUGCUGGUGUGAAACUGUGUGUGUGCUGUUUAGUGUUUCUCAUCCACAGUGCCAGUGAACCAUACAGAACCGUACUGACCCAUACAGAACCGUACUGACCCAUAGAGAACUGUACUGAACCAUUCUGAACCGUACUGACCCAUACAGAACCGUACUGACCCAUAGAGAACUGUACUGAACCAUUCUGAACCGUACUGACCCAUACAGAACCAUACUGACCCAUAGAGAACUGUACUGAACCAUUCUGAACCGUACUGACCCAUACAGAACCGUACUGACCCAUAGAGAACUGUACUGAACCAUUCUGAACCGUACUGACCCAUACAGAACCGUACUGACCCAUAGAGAACUGUACUGAACCAUUCUGAACCGUACUGACCCAUACAGAACCGUACUGACCCAUACCGAAAUGUAAUGACCCAUAUUGAACCGUACUGAAUAGUCCCAAACAGUACUGAACUGAACUGUACUGACUCGUACCAAACCAGCACUGAAUCACUACUAAACUUGUACUGAAUUGUACUGAACCAAACCAAUCAAGGACUGAACCGCACUAUACGUUAAUGAAACUACAUACUAACCUGUACUGACCUGGACUAUACUGUCCCAUAGUGACCCAUACCGCCUGGACUGUACAGAACUGUACUGACCCGUACCGAUGCAGACUGUAUUGACCGUACGCAACCGGACUGUAGACGACCAUGAAUGGACUGUAUGUGUGUAUUAUUGUUUACAGCACCUCACAGUGAAGAUUCUUUAAUGAAGUGUUUAAAACGUGACGUUCGUGAUCAUUGGCUUCUUCUAUCUCGUGGUUGUUCCUGAUUGGCUGUUUAAAGGUGUAAAGCUGCUCUCAUUGGUGAAUGUGUGGCUCGUCGCUCCUGAGCAAACAGCUGAAUGUUCAGGCAUUUCUCUUGCAAUAAGAUUAGACUGUAGUGUUCAGGAGCCCAGACUCAGGCGUGGAGAGAGAACACCAUCAGCGUAUCCAUCACGCUCCAUCGUCCAGUGUGUCACAGUGACUCUGUGUGUUUCUAAGGGGUUUAUCUUGUCUUUGGGGGAUUUUCCUUUCAGAGUAUUUCUGAGGCUGUAUGUAAUCCUCCAGGUCAGACGACGGGGUUCAAGCCUUUUUAAGUCUGUGCCGUUGUGAUCAUCGUGGUGUUGUAGUGUGUGUAGAGGACUAUGUCCAUCCAGCUGUCUGUGCAGAAAUAAACGUCCAGAAAUAAAGAUGUUCUCCUGCA